CGGAUUCGGAUUUCGAGGUGGCCAACUUGUUUUUUUGUAUCUUCAUUACUACAUAAUGGCCAAAAAAGGAGGAGAAAACUCGAAGAAGGCAGCAGGAAACGCUAAGAAAGCAGAUGCUGCCAGUAAGAAACAACAAGCGGCAUUGGCUGCUGCUGAAGCAGAGGAAGCUUCUCAGUGGGACCAAGGAUCCAAGAAGGGGAAUAAGAAGAAGGAAGACGAACAGUUCAAAAAAGAAGAAGCCGCCAGAAAAAAGGCCGAAAGAGAGGCCUUGUUGGCGGCCGAAGAGGCAUCUUUGCCUUCCAAGCCUCAGAACUCCAAACAAAGAGGUGCUGCCAAAGUGGCAGCUAAGAGAACCGGAAAGAUCGAUGACUUUAUGGAUUUCAACAGUUCAAAGCCCGAGUUGGCGGCUUCUGGUAUCGACAAUGCUUUAGAGGCCUUAACGUUGACUACCAAAGACGGAGGUUUACAAAAUAAGGAUUUCGACAAGCAUCCCGAAAGAAGAGUCAAGGCUGCAUUUUUGGCAUUUGAAGAAAAGAGAUUGCCUGAAAUGAGAAAGGAGAACCCUGGUUUGCGGUUGCAACAGAUCAAGAACUUGUUGCAUAAAGAGUUCUCCAAAUCUCUGGAAAACCCAAUGAACCAGGCCACCAAUGUCAGCUACAAUGCCACUACUGAUGACAUUGCUGAGGCAAAGAUCGCUGUGAGAGCCAAGAAGGAAGAGAAGUUCGCGUAGUGAUCUGUGUUUGUGUACGAUGUAGGUAAUAAUAAAUACUAGAAAAGGAGAACUGACACACAAAAUGCGACCUCCAAAAAAAUCAAC